GCCCGCCGCCGCUCGCUCGGGGCUGCGCCGGCUGAGGCGCCCACCGGGCCCGGCCCCGGCCCCGGCGAUGGGGGGCAUCGCCGGCUUCAAGAGGCUGCGGCUUAAAAUCUGGAGGCGCUGCUCCCUCGUGUUCUUCCUCUGCUGGGCUGCCUGCUGGGUGGUGGUGAGCGCCUUGCUUUUUCUCGUCCACAGGAGCGUCUUCUCGGAGCGCUGCACGGACGAGGGGAGCCGCCGCAUCCUGGCGAGGCUGUGUCUGGACUACAGCAGCGGAGCCCUGACUGGUGACCUCUGUGAAGACUUGUGUGUGGCACAGAAGCUGGUGUACAAACACUGCCUUUACUAUGACAGAGGUAAGAAGGUCAUCCAGGCUGACUGGAGAGGCCAGCCCAUCAUCCUGAAAUCCAAAAAGGAAAUCUUCUCCAGCUACCAGCAUCUCAAUAUGCUAGAGGAGGUGGAAACACAGGAUAUUCCUGAAACAGAGCUUCUGCUGAUGGUAGCCCUGGAGGUCAAAAAUGUCCUGGGGCUGGAAGUAUCUAACAAUACCGUGGGGCCCCUGUGGACAAGGAGGAAGGGGCCACAUUGGAAAGCGCAGGUGGCCAGCAUGUGGUCCUUGCUCCAGCAGGAAGAAUAUAUCUACUUCAGUUUACUGCAAGACUUCAGCAAACACGUGCUACGAAUUAUUGGCUCCUGUGGACAUUUCUAUGCUGUGGAGUAUCUCACAGCUGGACAUGCCUGGCACAAAACUCUUUUUCCCUUGGAAAAUAUAGUUGGUCCCUCCCUUGCUGGCAGCCAAAGCAGAGUGAGAGCCAUCAUUGACAUUGCACUCAGCUUUCUGGAUAUGGUGCAGCAUUUUGAUAAUGAUUUUUCUCAUCGACUUCACUUAUGUGACAUUAAACCAGAAAAUUUUGCUAUCAGGCACGAUCUCACGGUUGUGGCCAUUGAUGUGGAUAUGGCCUUUUUUGAACCCAAAAUGAAGGAUAUCCUUGAACAGAAUUGUACAGCAGAUGAAGAUUGUAAUUUUUUUGAUUGCUUUUCAAAAUGCAAUCUGAAAAUCAGAAAAUGUGGAGCACAGAGAGCCAAUAACAACUUACAAGUCAUUUGUGACAAAAUAUUCCGUCGCUGGUUUUCUUCAAAUCUCAGACGACCCCUGGUUUCCUUCCCUCUGCAGUUGCAGUUGCAGAAGGCUGUGCAUGAAUGCGCAGAGCCAGCACAUGAGGAUGCUGCUGUGCACCAGAAAACUCUGAAAUCUCUCUCUGAGUUAUAUCAUCUGCUUCGAAUCAGCCAACGUGAACUGCAAAGGGCAGAAUAGAUGCAAAGGGCAGAACUGCAAAGGCCUUGUCACAGCCCCUGUAAAGGAAGCUGUAUAAGCUGUGUUUUCUUUCUCCCUCAUCUUUCUUAUCCAUUGCAUUACUUUUACAGCACAUAAAUUGUUUUCCUGCUAUGCAAAUGAAAUUCGUGGCUGCAGGUGCAGCAUGUCCUGUCAAUAUCCUUUGAAGCAUGAAAUUGCUUUAUGUUACCUGGAUUCCAUUCCUGUUUAUUUUCCUGAGCUAGUGCUGGCGUUCUCCAUCAACAUUCAGCACGUCAUCUGCUUACCCCGAGAUCUGUCGUCACUGCUCAGAUAGCAUCUGCCCGAGUGCUGUGCCCAAAGUGAUGAUGCAUUUACAUAUGGAUGGUGCUUUGAAGAUGAAAAGUAUAAGCGCAGAAAAACUAGUAUCAGUGAUUUAAAACAGUGUGUGGGUGGGUGGGUGGGGGUAGCUAUGUGAGUCGUGUCUCUUUCUAUUGCACAGUAGAAUGAGGGUUUUAAAAGCAAGGACAGAGUGCUCUGUAUCAAAAGACAGCCUUGAAUAGGGAAAUCUAUUGCCAUAAGAGUGAAGAACUGCUUUUGUACAAGACUGUUUCUAGUGUCUCCAAAUGCAUUUUCUCUGGUAUGUUGCAUUAUUUGUGCCAUAGCAACCUUUCUGGGGAGAAACUGCAUGAAGGUACGUAGGACUUUUCUAUAGGAAUAUAAUUAUACCUGUGUUUCAUUCCCAUAUGGAUACUCUUAUUCCGCAAUGAAGAGAUAUGAAUAAUGCCACUGAGUUUUCCCACGUGAACAAGCCCUCAGGCACUUGAACAUCAGAACACUUGAUAAGAAGCACUAGCUUGCCAGAGAGCCAAAUGACACAGGAAUGCCAACAAUCUGUCCUUUGCACUGAACAGAAUACCCAGACCUUGAGCUUUCUUACACGGUAUUUUUUUGUAAUGAACAAAAGGAAAUUUUUAGAAGAAUUCUUCAUCUUGCAAUCAGGGAGAUCAAUUAUAUAAAUAAAAAUUCUCAGAUUAAUAUAAAAA